ACUGGAUCAUGUGUUACAGCCUUGCAUGCUGUUUUUCCCCCUGCAGUCACUUCAUUGACGGAAGCUUCUCACAGAGGACUCAGUUGCAUCUGCUGCAUGAGCCAAAGUGGUCGACACAUUGUGUGUUCUGAACCCCAGCCUGAGCUGUGAACUGUGAGGGAGGAUAAAGAGCUGGAUUGACAGAGCUGCCACCUUGCUGGAGAGGCUGUAUGACGGAGCAGUGACACAACAGAGCGAAGCAUCAUCUUUUUUCUUGGCUUCACUAAAUUAGUGAAGACCCGGAGGAGCACCUCAUGCUACCUGUGGGGGCUUGUGACAAAAAAAAAAAAAACAGAACAUUCACCGUUAACCAGGAUUGAGCUUUUGUCUGAGGUUCGCACGGAUAUUUAUUUCACUAAUAAAGCGCUACACAUCUAACAUGGGUACACAAGGCCUUCUGGGCUGCGUUCUCCUAAUCACUUGCCUCACCUUAUCAAAUGCUGGGCUUGUGAAAAAAAUCCUACGGCAUCGACGACAGACUUUGGCAUCCCCUGAAGAUCAUAACAUAACCCUCCCGAGAGCAGAUCAUCCUUUGGUUUUCAACCACGUCUAUAACAUUAAUGUUCCUGGCAGUUCCUUGUGCUCAGUGGACCUAGACGCUACAGAAAGUACGCACCUUCAUCCCAAAGAUGCACCAGUCUCCUCAGGCCAUCACAUGACCGAGCACACGCUCGACGGGGAGAACCAGAUUGUCUUCACUCACCGCAUCAACAUACCUCGGCAGGCCUGUGGUUGCACUGACCACUUGCCCGGUCUAAAAGCCCUCAUGAGCCGGCUUGAGAUGCUUGAGGGAGAAGUUUCAGCUUUGAGGGAUCAGUGCCACAGUGAAGGGGCCUGCUGCAGUGCUCAGGUCAAAGGUGAAGUGGGAACAAAACCUUACUGUAAUGGUCAUGGAAACUUCAGCGCUGAAACCUGUGGCUGCAUAUGUGAGCCUGGCUGGAAGGGACCCAACUGCACCGAACCCGAGUGCCCAAAGAACUGCCGGGACCGAGGCCACUGUGUGGAUGGAAAGUGCAAGUGCUUUAAAGGCUUUGCUGGAGAAGACUGCUCAUUUGAGGCCUGCUCUGUGGACUGCAGCGUGCACGGCCAGUGCGUGGGUGGCGUUUGCGUCUGUACGGAUGGUUUCUUUGGCGAAGAUUGUUCUCAGAGCAAGUGCCUCAAUAACUGCCUAGGCCGUGGGCGCUGUGAUGACGGAGACUGUGUGUGUGAUGAACCGUGGACUGGCUUUGACUGCUCUGAGCUUAUCUGCCCCAAAGACUGCUACGACCGUGGACGCUGUCUGAAUGGAACUUGCUACUGCGAUGAAGGAUUCGCCGGGGAAGACUGUGGAGAGCGCAUCUGUCCCAACAACUGCCGUGGUAAUGGUUUCUGUGUCGAUGGCCAGUGCGUCUGCACAGCUGGCUACAGCGGAGAAGACUGCAGUCAGCUCACCUGCCUGAAUGACUGUAACGGUAGAGGAACCUGCUUCAGUGGGAUGUGCAUCUGUGACACAGGGUAUCAGGGUGAAGAUUGUAGCCAGUUGGCAUGUCUGAACAACUGUAACAACAGAGGCCAGUGCAUAAAUGGACAGUGUGCAUGUGAUGUUGGCUUCCAGGGAGACGAUUGCUCCGAGCUGUCCUGUCCAAACAGCUGCUUGCAAAGGGGGCGCUGUCUCAAUGGUCAAUGUGUAUGCGAGGAAGGUUUCGCCGGUGAGGACUGCAGCAUCCGCACAUGCCCUUCAAACUGCUACAGCCGUGGAGAGUGCUCCGAGGGGCGUUGUUUAUGCCACGCAGGCUUCACUGGUGAGGACUGCAGUGAAUUGAGCUGCCCCAACAACUGUAGGAACCAUGGCCGGUGCGUCAAUGGUCAGUGUGUCUGUGACGAAGGGUUUGCAGGAGAAGACUGCAGUCAGAGAGCUUGUCCCAACGACUGCCUGACCCGCGGUUACUGUGUGGAUGGAGAGUGCAUUUGUCACGAAGGCUAUUCGGGAGACGAUUGCUCCAUGCUCACCUGUCCAGAUAACUGCAACAACAGGGGGCGUUGCAUCGACGGAAGAUGCAUGUGUGAGAUCGGAUAUGAAGGACAAAGCUGUGCAAUGAUGAGCUGCAUCAACAACUGCCAGGACAAAGGGCACUGCGUGAACGGUCAGUGUGUCUGCGAUGAGGGAUACAUCGGAGAAGACUGCUCACAAGUAUCUCCUCCAAAGGACCUAACUGUUGGGGAGGUCACCAGUGAGACUGUCGGCCUGUCCUGGAACAAUGAGAUGCUGGUCACAGAGUACCUCGUCACAUAUGUGCCCACAAUUCCUGGCGGUCUUCUCCAAGAGUUCACUGUGUCUGGAGACAAAACCGCUGCAACUGUUAAAGAGCUUGAGCCUGGUCUUGAGUAUCUGAUUAAUGUCUACGCUGUUCUGAGUAACAAAAGGAGCAUCCCUGUGAGUGCACGGGUGGCCACAGACCUUCCGCAGCCAGAAGGGUUAAGGUUCAAAUCAGUAAGAGAGACCUCAGUCGAGGUCAUUUGGGACGAGCUGGACAUCCCCUUUGAUGGCUGGGAGAUCUAUUUCCGCAACAUGAAAGAAGAAAAUGGAAAAGUUUCAAGCACCCUUCCACCCUCUCAGAACCAAUUCUUCCAAUCAGGGCUUGGACCAGGACAGGAGUAUGAAGUCUCCAUCAACAUCAUCAAGAACAACACCAGAGGACCCCAAACAACCCAAACAUUCACUACCAAGAUCGACAGCCCUCAGCAGGUGGAGGUGAAGGAUAUAACGGACUCCUCGGCUCUGAUCAGCUGGUCUCAGCCAGUGGCUCCCAUGGAUGGAAUCACCAUGUUUUACAUGCCCAGCUCUGACCCUUCAGAUGAAAAUCGUGUGGAUAUAUCCCCCCCAGACAAGCAGUAUAGCAUUGAUGGUCUGAGGCCAGACACCGAGUACACAGUGUCGCUCAUUUCCAGGAGUGGAGACAUCACCAGUGACCCUGUCACUGCCACAUUCACUACAGCACUGGAUGCCCCUACGAACCUUCAGACUGUGUCCCAGACAGACAACAGCAUCACCCUGGAGUGGACCAACAGUGAAGCUGAUAUUAGCAGCUAUCGGGUAAAAUACAGUCCCAUCUCUGGGGAAAUUCAUGGUGAGGAAGUGUUCAAGCAAGGAUCAGGCGAUAGCACACAGGCUACCAUCACCAGGCUAAAGCCAGGUACAGAGUACGGGAUUGGAGUGACUGCUGUGAAGAAUGAGAGAGAAAGCCUCCCAGCUACCACAAACGCAGCAACUGACCUCGAUCCUCCCAGAGAUUUUGAGGAAAUCGAAUCCACAGAGACGUCUCUCACCGUCAGGUGGCAGAAACCUCAGGCCAAAAUCGGUGGAUACAGGCUGGUGUACAUUUCCAGAGACGGUCAGUUUGGGGAGGUGGGGUUCCCAGCUGCAACGACUACCUAUCAUUUGCCCAAUCUGACUCCUGGGAUGAGCUACACCCUUACCUUGACUGCAGAGAGGGGGCACAAAAGGAGCACACCCGUCUCCCUGUCUGCAUCCACAGAGGCUGAGCCAGAAGUGGAGCAUCUCUUUGUCUCAGACGUCACAGCUGACAGUUUCCGUCUGACGUGGACUGCCAAUGAAGAUCUGUUUGACCGAUUUGUGAUCAAAAUAAGAGACAGCAAAAGGUUAGCCCAUCCUCAAGAGCACAGCGUCCGCGGCGAUCAACGAACCAAGGUCAUAACCGGACUUAUGGGUGGCACCGAGUAUGAAAUCGAGCUUUACGGUGCCACACUGGAUCGGCGCUCCCAACCUAUUACAGGGGUUGUUCAGACAGGCCUCAGCACUCCCAGAGGACUUCACUUCUCUGAAGUGACUGACUCUUCAGCCGUAGUUCACUGGUCCAUGCCUCGCUCUCCGGUGGAUAACUACCGCAUCACCUAUGUGCUAUUUGAGGGAGGAAGCCCAAUGACAUUGACUGUAGAUGGCAGCGUGUUCGAGGCUUUGCUUCCCAAUAUGAUUCCCGGAAAGACGUACCAAGUAACCGUCAGUGCUCUGAAGGGUCUGGAGGAAAGUGACCCCAGCACAGAUAUUGUGACCACAGGUUUGGACAGACCUCGUGGUCUUACUGUUAUCAAUGUCACGGACACUUCGGCCCUGUUGCUGUGGCAACCAUCUGUCGCCACUGUUGAUGGCUACAUCAUUACCUACAGUGCUGAUUCUGUGUCCCCAACAGUGGAGCACGUUUCUGGGAACAUUGUGGAGUUUGAGAUGAACUCCUUGGUUCCAGCAACCCACUACACAGUGGGAGUUCAUGCUAUGAAAGAAGCUCACAGGAGUGCUUCUGCUGUUACCGAAUUCACCACAGAUGUCGACCCUCCUCGCGAUCUGAUAGCUAUGAAUAUUCAAACUGACAGCGCCACUCUGAAGUGGAGACCACCUCUUGCUGCUGUCACUGGAUACAUGCUCAGCUUCUCCUCUGCUGAUGGAACAAUCAGGGAGGUGAUGCUAAGUCCAACAGCAUCGUCUUACAGUAUGUCACAGCUCACUGGCUCCACGGAGUACAAUGUGAAACUGCAGGCUGCCGCUGGAGCCCAGAGGAGUCGCCACGUGGCCACCGUCUUCACUACCCUCGGACAGUUGUACAGACGCCCACGGGACUGUGCUCAGAUAUUACUGAACGGAGAGACGACCUCUGGUCUGUAUACCAUCUAUAUUGGAGGAGAGGAGAGCCAGCCCAUCCAGGUUUACUGUGACAUGACCACAGAUGGCGGAGGAUGGCUGGUUUUCCUCAGACGCCAGAAUGGAAAGCUGGAAUUCUUCAGGAACUGGAAGAACUACACGGCUGGCUUUGGUAACAUGAACGAUGAGUUCUGGCUGGGUCUCUCCAACCUCCAUAAAAUCACAUCUUCAGGCCAUUAUGAGCUGCGAGUGGACUUGAGGGACAACGGGGAGACUGCCUACGCGCAAUAUGACAAGUUCACAAUUGCAGAGCCAAGGACACGCUAUAAAGUCUACAUAGGAACAUAUAGUGGAACAGCAGGUGACUCCAUGACCUACCACCAGGGUCGGCCCUUCUCCACUUACGACAAUGAUAACGAUAUCGCUGUGACCAACUGCGCCUUGUCCUACAAAGGCGCCUUUUGGUAUAAAAACUGUCACCGUGUCAACCUCAUGGGGAAAUAUGGCGACAAAAGUCACAGUAAGGGGAUCAACUGGUUCCACUGGAAGGGCCACGAACACUCGAUCCAGUUUGCAGAGAUGAAGAUAAGGCCGGCCAACUUCAGAAAUUUUGAGAGCAGAAAAAAGCGAUCAUAGACUCAUCAAGCCCUCUCUCCUUCACACCUCAUCUCCAGGCAUCAGCAUCUGUGCUCCCCCAUCUUUAAGACACUCUCGAACACACAAACACACGUACAGGCAGUCACACCACGCUGUGACUGAGUUUUCAAUGUGGGGAAAGACCCUGGAGAAUCAUUAACUGGGUUUUUUUGUUGUUUUUUGUGUAGUUCUCCCGUGUGUGAUUGUAUAUUUUUGCAUUCCCAAAGAGAGUAGAUGUUAAGUUUGAUUCACGAACGGACAUAUAUGUGUUGUUGGGACCAAACGCCUGUAGAAAAAUUUAAGUGAAUUUUUAAAAAAAAUUAAAAAUGGAUCUGAAACGAUUCACUGAAUCAGUAACAUGUCAAAAGGCACAUCCCCUGAAGUCAUGCAUCAGAGCGUUCGCCUCAUCCAUCUCAAACUGAAACACUGACCAGGUUAGAUGCAUCACAUGAAAACUUUAAAGCUUAAAAACGUAAAUAUUGUCAUAUGUUUACUGUACAAACCCACUUAUCCCACCCCCAAGAAGCUAUUGAACUCUUGCUUGAAUUUUGAUUUACUUAUUUUGAUAGGGAAAAAAAGACCUGAUGCUCUGUAACCUUCAAUACAAAUAAAAGAAGAUGUUAGUUUGA